AUGGAACCUCAGAUGCGGCCUCGAAAAGGAGACAGAUUUACUGUCGUCUUGAGAAAGUGUGGCAUUUCUAGACACAGAACAGAACCACAGUCCGCCCAAGCUCCAAGUCAGCGACGACAAGAUGCAGCGCUAUCGAGACUACAUGGAAGUCAGACAUCUGCCAUUCCGGAGUCUGGCACCGAAGAGUCUGCAAGUCCGUGCCCUCCAAAGUCUACCAUACUCGCUUCCGAUAUUUGGAAAUCUGCUGUCCAAGCGUUGUCUCCCAAGCAGCGGGAUGCUUUAGGCUUCGACGGUGAGAUUUACAACUUACAAGAUGAAGUUUUAGAUCUGGUAGUCACGAAGCAAAGACUUUGCAUUGAAAAACAAUGGACUAUCGAGGUCAGAGGGAAGACUAUCGUUCUGCAAGAUGUGUCUGGGAGAUUACUCCGAUGGGUCGACAGGUUCAAAGUUGUGGGAGAUCUUGCAAGUCAAUUUGAUCCCGUGCAUGCUGCCCUACCAUGGGCCGGCUUUCGCUUUUUGCUUCAGGUCGUCGUGGAUGAUGCAGAAACCAUGGGAGCCAUACUAGCCUCUCUAGAGUCAAUAACCCAUUUACUUGCACAAUGUUCAAUAUACGAACGUCUAUAUUUCGCUGUCGACGCACGAAUUUACGCUCUCGAUGCUGCGACAAUCUUGGAAGACUCGAUGAAGACGCUUUACACAAAAAUACUUAUUUUCCUGGCAGAAGCAUGCCUCUUAUUCGACAAGCAUAAAGCGAUACGUAUGGCGACGAGUAUAUUCAAUUCUCCAACUUUCACCACACUCACGAAGGAGAUAGAAUUACAGGCCUCCGUUGUCUGGCAAGAUUCUAAUACUGCCGAAAGUACAUAUACGAGGAGAAGACAAGAUAUCUCAGUUUCCCAAUCAACCAGUGAACGAGCCGAAUUACUAUCAAUGCUUGCAAAUCUGCAGGAUCCUAUAAGGCACAUUGACGAGAAGACGAAAACCAUUGCUACUUACGUUGAUAGGAAAAUCGGAGAGAUUGAAGAUCUUACUAUGGCUGUCGACACAGGAAUACAAACGCCACCACGAGUCGGUCGCAAAUCAGCGGCUGAAAGUGAACUUGACAGACAGAAUCCUGCCAUCAUCUUGAGUGCGAUUGUCAAACAGCUUGCUACUAAGAAUUCAACAACAGCUAUACAACCAGUAAUUAUGACUGAAUACAAACAGAGAGAGAAUGAAGGUUUCGCAAAGGGACGAAUCGAAGUACAGGAUAGCCUCGACCUCAUACUUGAGCUUCCAAAGGUUCUUCCAAGGACGAUAAUUGUCUUAGACGCGCUUGACGAAUGCGACCGCACAACUCGUGAGAGCAUGAUCAAAGGUUUACACCACAUUAUUCAAUCUGCAACGAGUCAAGUGAAAGUUUUCCUUUCCAGUCGGGACGACGAUGAUAUCGCCUUUUAUCUGGAAAGAACUGCAAACCUUCGCAUCGAUGCUAGGGACAAUCGUGCUGAUAUCAAUCGAUUUGUGGAGAUCGAAAUAGAGAGAUGCAUCCAAGAUGGUAAACUGCUCAGAGGACGUCUUGAAGCUAGUCUUGUCGAGCGAGUGAUCAAAACAUUGCAAUGUAGAGCUGAUGGAAAGUUCUUGUGGGUCGACUUUCAAAUCAGACACCUUUGCAUGAUGAGCCAUAAAUCAGACAUCGAAGCUAAUCUUGGGAAAUUGCCCAAGGGCCUGAAAGACAUGUACUUGGUAAUCUGGAGCGACAUCCUUGGAGAGGCUGGUACCGGUCCCGAGAUCGCCAAAGUCGCACUGAUGUGGAUAUUCUGCGCACGCCGCCACCUAUCUUCGGAUGAGUUGAUCCGCCUAGUGUCACGUACAGUAUUUAAAGCAAGCUCGGAGUUGCUAGAUAUCGAAACUUUGCUUCGACUCACACAUAAUCUCUUGGUGUUCGACGAAAGAUCCAACCAUGUCCGAUUCGCACAUUUGUCCGUGCUUGAAUUCCUCGAAGAUAUUGGAUUUGAGUGGACGACAGCACAUGCGAUGACUAGCGAGACGUGCUUGUUUUCGUUGCUGGAUCGAGAGCUACCAUCAUCAAUGAUUCAUGUCCCAAAUCACAAGAACCCUCGGCAACAUUCAUACGAGUGUAGGUACUGGCCAGAACAUCUAGAAGGAUGUAUUCUCUACAGCCCCGCCUUGACAAUCUUGCUGAACAAAUUCUUAACCCUUCUAUCAAAAUCCCCAGCAAUCAGGAAAUUGCAACGCUGGACAGAUCUCGAGUUCGAAGACAUAGUUCUCUCGCAUCUAAUGCUGGCACUGGCGUGGUUUGAUCCAAUUGGACUCGCAGAGCAGAAUACACAGUUUGCUAUCUCUUCCCAAGCCCUUGAGCAGAUUCAAGAACUGUUUGUGUUUGCUUCCAGGCGGGGGCGGUUGACCGCUGUGAAGCUACUAUCGGAACUUCCUGGCGUCGAUAUCAAUGCCAAGGAUAAGUGGGGCCGCACUGCGAUGGUGUAUGCAAUUGACAAUGGUCAUCUAGACACCCUAGAAUACCUCAUAGAGGUAAUGGAGAAGGAUUCUACCAGUGCAAGUUGGGACUCAUCCUCAUACCUCAUGGCUGCUGCCAGGCAAGGCUACUCCAAAAUCGUUUCGAGGUUGAUAGACUCCGGAGCAGACAUCACUGCUGAGACCACUAGUGAGUCCACCGCACUAGCAUAUGCGGCGAGCAAUGGACAUCUCGAGACCGUCGAAAUACUACUGCAAGCUUACGAAAAGUGCGAGAAAGAUGACAACUCAAAUCAGGAAAGGCGCAGCUCAAUUCUCCUGCCAGAAGAAGUCUCCAGGUCUGGCUGGGUAGCUUUUCAAGCAGCAGCUAAAAGAGGCCACGAGGAAGUUGUUCGUCGUUUGGCUGAUAGAAGAGAUGAACUUAUCUCUGCUGACUACGACUGGCUUCCGUUCCUACAAGCAGCUUCUGCCGGCCAUGCAGCCAUUGUUGACUUGCUCCUUGAAAACGCAACAUUGGCUGCCGAAGAAAGCUUUCGAGAUUUGCAGCAAGAUGCUCAGCAUGCCGCGAACCAGGAUGGGUGUUUUCACCCUGUGCUGGCUCUGCAAGAAAAUGAAAUUAUCUUGACCAUAGCAAGAGCUGCUGCGUAUGGAUCGCCAACAGUGAUCGAGCUACUAUUGGAAUAUGAUCCAGAUCUUGAUAUCCAAAACUUAUUCCUUCAGUACGGGAGAUCAUCACUUUAUGCCGCGAUUGAAGACCAGAGACUCGAAACAAUCAAAUUACUGUUUGCUCAGGGUGUGAUCCGCAUUUUGCUAUCACAUUUAUCAGACGUCAACAUUACUAAUGACAGAGGCAGUACUGCCUUGCACCUUGCCGUGGAAUGUGGUCGAAACGACAUUGUGGAUCUGCUCUUGCGCGAAGCGGUCGACAUUACGAUAAAGGACAUGAAUGGACGCACUGCUCUAGACGCGGCGUCUCAUUAUGGCUACAAGCAGAUCCUCGAGACGUUGCUUGCAUACAAGACGCGUUUGACAGAAUCAAGCUCAAGUGAUGAAAUUGUUUUGAGUACCGAAUGA